AUGAAGGUGUACUUUAUCUACGAAGGAAAAGAUGUGAAUGGGUGCGUGGUGGACGGCAGCCUGACGGAGGUCUUCAAGGUGAAAAUGGAUAUCCCGGCAAGCUGGCUCAGCGGGCCGUGCGAGAAGCUGCUCAGCUUUGUAGUCUCCACGUAUAACAAAAAGCACCCUGACAAUCCCCUGGUGGCUGCGGAGGUUAGCCUGUGGUGUGGCAACGUGGAGCUGAAGCAGUCGGAUGUGGUGGGGACACGCAUACAUGAGUACAACGAUGUGCAGAUUAGACACCUAGCAAAGUCCGCGCUGCAGGAGCAAAAACCAGGUUCGUUGGUGUGCACAAACUUUGGGUGUGGACAGUUUUUUAUCCCUGCGGAGAAUCACGACUCGGCGUGCCACUACCAUGCGGAGCCGCCUGUCUUCCACGACAUUGAAAAGUAUUGGCGGUGUUGCCCGACGCACCGGGCCCGCGACUGGGAGGAGUUCAAGGCCAUCCCCGCCUGUCGUGUGGGCCUCCACAGCACAGAGAACAGGCCGGUGUCCUUUGUGAGCGCGGCACCGACCAACCAGCCCUUGGCGCUAGAACAGGUCCAGGCACUCACAAAGGAUACCGGCGAAAACGUUGCGGGUGGUCGCACCACUGGGCCGAGGGAGUUUGAGGGGGCGGUGGCGGCGCAGCGGCAGCCACAGCAGCAGGAGAUUGUGGAUGGUAAGGCGCGGUGUCGCCACUACGGCUGCCAGCAAGAGUUUGCAGUGAGUGAGAAUCACCCAAAGGCGUGUCGGUAUCACACAGGGGGACCGGUUUUUUGGGACACCUACAAGUACUGGAAGUGCUGCCCCGACAAGAAGUGCUACGAGUUCGACGACUUUGUGAAGGUCCCUGGGUGCACGGAGGGCCCACACCAGCUGUAG